UUGAAAAUAGAAGUGAAAAAAGCGGAAGCUGUGGAAAAAACGCUUACGGACAGGACUCCUACAUCUCUAAGUGCGUACAGAGCUCAGAGAAAUUGGGUCAGGGGUCUUAUUCUUAGAACAAGACGGGAUUUCGAAGCAGACCCGCUAAUUCGUGCCAAAGUGAACCCCAAACUAUUUAACAAUUACCUCAGGCGGAGUACCAAAAACAAGGAUCCAAUACCCCUGCUGAGGACCGCUGAGGAAAGAGACCUAAUAGAAAAUGAAGCAAAAGCUGAUCAUCUUUCGGAUUUUUCCCGGUCAGUUUUCACAAAGGAAACAGCAUACGAUUACCCUGCCGAUGUCAACGACGUGGAUACAAUAUUUGAGACUGUUCAAUUCCCCGAGGCUGUUGUUCUUAAGGAACUCUUAGGGUUAAAGGAAUCUAAGUCACCGAGUCCCCAUGAGGCAAGCUUUUCUGCCUUCAAUGACGAUGGCUUCGCAAAGGUCUUUGGAACCUUCGUCCGACCGCAACUAGAAUCCGCUAUCCAAGCUUGGAGACCCUGGGCCGCGAAAGACAUCAACAUCCUCGAAAAGGUGUAA